AUGCGCUGUGUUCCGCCGCUCCGCGUCAUGAUGCGCUGGGUGAUUGGGUGACACGCUUGCUCCCCCAGGCCACCCCCGCUCACUUCACUUUCGGUGGGAGCAGCAGGACUGCAGCAGGGCGGCAAUGACGCUUCUCGCCAGUAUUUCAACUAUGCAAGUGGUGUGAGUCGCAGUGAAGCACGCCGGACUUGUGAAGCCUGCUAUGGAGGAGCCGUUCGGACAAAAUGAGCGCGAGCACUGACAAUGUCACCAACUUGUGGGCAAACGGGUCCUCGGUGGGCAACCGCUCAGAGUCCGCAGAAGUGGACCUCAGGAGGGCUAUCCCGCUCGGCGUGGUGCUGGGGGCUUUCAUCGCGUUCGCCAUCGCGGGCAACAUUCUGGUCAUCCUCUCGGUGGUGUGCAACAGGCACCUGCGCACCCCGACCAACUACUUCAUCAUCAACUUGGCCAUCGCCGACCUGCUGCUGGGCACCACGGUGCUGCCGGUCUCGGCCAUCCUCGAGAUCCUCGACCGCUGGGUGUUCGGGAGGAUUUUUUGUGACAUUUGGGCGGCGGUGGACGUGCUGUGUUGCACUGCGUCCAUCAUGAGCCUGUGCGUCAUUUCCAUCGACCGCUACAUCGGCGUGAGUCACCCGCUGCAGUACCCGGGCAUCGUGACGGAGAAGCGGGCUCUGCUGGCCAUGCUCGGGGUGUGGGUGCUGUCCGUGGUCAUCUCUAUCGGACCCCUGCUCGGCUGGAAGCAGCCGCCGUCGCCGGACGACAACGUGUGCUCCAUCACCGAGGAGCCCUUUUACGCGCUCUUCUCCUCCCUCGGCUCCUUCUACAUUCCUCUCGUCGUCAUUCUGGUCAUGUACUGCCGGGUGUACAUCGUGGCCAAACGGACCACCAAGAACCUGGAGGCCGGGGUCAUGCGCGAGAGGAUGAACUCCGGCGAGCUGACCCUGAGGAUCCACAAGGGCUCUCAGGCGCACGACGAACCGGCCACAAGCGGAGCCAAGGGCCGCGGACACCAGGCCAGAAGCUCCCUCACGGUCAAACUGCUCCAGUUUUCCCGGGAGAAGAAGGCGGCAAAGACUUUGGGAGUUGUGGUGGGAAUGUUUACACUUUGUUGGCUGCCUUUCUUCCUCGCCCUGCCCAUAGGCUCUUUCAAUGCGAACCUGCGGCCACCUGACCUCCUCUUCAAGGUGAUCUUCUGGUUAGGCUACUUCAACAGUUGCCUGAAUCCCAUCAUCUACCCUUGUUACAACCGCGAGUUCAAACUGGCCUUCAUUCGCAUCCUCCGCUGCCAGUGUCAUCAGCGCAGGCGCCCCGGGUGGAGUUCAUAUAAUUACCGCUCGUCUACUUUCAGCUCCUCUGGACAUUCACGCAAAGGCUCCAGUGACCAGACCCCCGGCUGCUCCAACGGCAGCCAGCGUACUCUACCAUCCUCGGCCAGCCCGAGCCCCAGCUACCUCAGCAAGGGUCUAGCGCCGUGCCCUGAGGGCGAGGCUUUAUACACCUGGACUACAAGUCCAUCUACACCCAAAGUACUGCCUGGCAGACACACAGACUGCCAGCAGGGAUGUUGGGAUAUGACGCCUGUUAAAGGAGGCGAAGCAGAGGUUGAGCUGACUACUGGAGUUUUUUCUUUCUCCUUUGGAACAGACGUAGACAAGGGUGGAGUUGGAAAUGACUUCUUAGAACCACCUUACAAUGUGUGACUGUGAUUAUUUAUCCAUUUCUCUGUGUUUGACAUGAAAGUAUCUAUAGCUUCUCUGAUUUGUUUCUAUGAGGGGGCAUUGAUACAGUUAAGGUAGAUGGACAGAAAAGGAGAAAGCUUCGGAAUGUUUAAUAAUAUUUUUCCCCCCUCUAGAACCUAGUGAAUCAACUGAUAUAAAAUGUGAAAAGCUGUUAGUUUUCAGUGUUUUGAGUUAGCAUUGUAAUCUUGUGAAAUUCAAAUAUAACAUGGUUUGUGCUACUGUGUACCAGCAUCUUCAUUCCAAAAAUGAAUGAUAGAAAUUCUGCAGGACAAAUACCCACAAAAAAUAUUAUUACUCAAUGUUUUUGUUACAUGCAUUUCUUGCACUGAGUGUCCUUUAUAUUGAAGUAAAAAUAGAGUUUGUAUAACAUAUUUACACAUCUCUGAACGUCACUGCACCCAAAUGACCAUAAAGAUUAGGUCAGACAUGAUGAGACUUAAGACUUUCCUGACCCGCUGUAUCGACAAGUUUAACAUUUUUCUGGGAAAGAGGAAACAGACAACUUGAAAGAAAUUACAUCAAUUAGUGGACAAUCCGAUUACCAGACACUUGUUUGCAGAAGAGAAGAGUGAACGCUUGCAGUGCUGUACUUAGCUCUUCCUAUGAUGCAGUGAAUCCCAACAGUUAUUGAGCCAUGGCACAUAUUUAACAUUGGAGACUAUCGCAACAAAAUGUGGAUACACAGGGUAAUUUGGUACCUUCUUCCAAUUAGUUGAGCAUUUAAACUGUUCUGAGUGUUACUUAUUAUUUACUGCAAUAGGUAGAUAAACAAAAAUUGUGUUGAUGUUAAAAAAUAAUAAUCCAAAUACAAUAACAUUGUAUGACAUUGGCAUACUUGAUAAUAUUUUACAGAACACAAAUGUACCACAACGCAAAGCUUGGGAAUAAUUAUUUUAGUGAACAAAUGUGCUCCAUUUUUUUUUUUAAAUUUAGCCCGUUGAGCAUUUACUUUAUCAAGACAAAUUACAUUCUCCCCCUUGGUUCCAUCUACCUUAAAUACAACAUCCACUUCCACUGCUACACGGGUGACACCCAGCUCUACAUCUCAAAACUAACCUCAUCCCUUCCACAAUCCUCUCUCACCCUCUGCCUACAAGACAUUACCUCAUGGUUCUCCUCUAACUUCCUACUGCAUAAUAGCUCCAAAACUGAAGUCCUCCUUGUAGGUACCCAUGCCAUGCUCACUAAUGAGAAUAACUUCUCUAUUUCCAUCAAUAACGUAACAUGAUUCCUUCCAUCAUCCUCGACAGCACGCUCUCCUUCCACUCCCAUAUUAACGACACUAACAGAUCAGUCUACUUCCACCAUCAUAUCUCUCGUCUCCUUCCUUCUCUCACCCCUCCUCCCCACACACACACACCGCCGCCACUCUCGCGUGCAGUCUAGUCACCUCCCGGAUUGACUAUUGUAACUCACUCCUCUUCGAUCUCCCAAACAAAACCCUCCAGAAACUGCAGCUCCUCCAAAACUCAGCAGCACGCUUCAUUACUCGAACCCCCACCACAUCACCCUCAUCCUCCAUCAACUCCACUGGCUGAAUUAAAUUAAACAAAGAAUUAUAGCCAGGAUUGUCCUCAUCACCUUCAAAGUACUUGAAGGCCUGGCACAAUCCUAUACAGUAUAUCCAUAGCAGCAAUGGUGAUAGACCUACACACAAUUAAUAAAACAUAAAACACCGAUAUACAUUUAAAUGUUUAUAGGGCAAUUUAAAUAUUUUUACACGGUUUAUCUUGUGAACUAAGAUUGUUCCAUAAUCUAACUCUGCGUACAGACGCACGAAAGCUUUUGCGAGUUGUUCUAAAUUUAGGAAGUGUGAACUCCCCACAAGCUCUUAAUUUGAGAGCGCUUUCUCGAAUAGUGAAAUGUGUUUGUAAAUUUGCCAGUAACAUAUCGUUAAAAGCUAAUCGGAACGGUCUUGAAAUGUAAUGAAUUUAGAUUGAAGAAAUAGUUCAUGGGUGUGGUCCAGAAAUCCAGUGUUGCAAAUGAUGCGAACAGCUCGUUUCUGUACUGUAACUAAUGGAUUUGUCGUAUUGUGAUAGGUGUUCCCUCACACUUCCACACAGUAUGUAAAAUAUGGAAGAAUCAAGGUACAUUAGAGAGUGCAUUCUGAUCUAGAUAAAUUUUGACUUUAUUCAAGAGGUUUCUUGAAAUCUUGGGUUUUAUGUGUCUGACAUUAUACUUACGACACUAACAGAUUAGCCUACCUUAGCUUACCUUCGUAAUAUCGCUUGUCUCCUUCUUUCUCUCACCCCCGUGUGCAGUCUAGUCACCUCACGGAUUGACUGUUGUAACUCACUCCUCUUGGUCUCUCAAAGAAAUCCCUCCAGAAACUGCAACUCCUCCAGAACUCAGUAGCACGCCUCAUUACUCGGACCCCCACCACAUUACCCCCAUCCUCCGUCGACUCCACUGGCUCCCAAUUAAACAAACAAUUAUAUACAAGAUUCUUCUCAUCACCUUCAAAGCACUUGACGACCUGGCACCAUCCUAUAUAUUUAACCUCCUCU